AUGCAUCGUUCAUGAAUGCAAAAGAACGAUGAGGCGACCUCCCGGCCGCUGCUGAUUUUCCUCAUUUUUGGACUAUUCGCAACCGCAAUUUUUGCCAUCUACUUGAAGUUUCCCGAAGUUUCGGACGAAGAACGUGUGCAUAUCAAACUUCCGAGAAGUAUGGAAGAUGCGAAACUUCUUGGACGAGUUCUUUCCAAGUAUAAGGAGAACAACUUCGCGGUGGUGCUGUGCGCCGUCGUUGUCGUUUACAUCACACUGCAGUCGUUCGCCAUCCCUGGAUCGCUGUUCCUCACAAUUCUCUCAGGAUACUUGUUCCCGUUUCCAGUCGCUCUUCUGCUCGUCUGCUCUUGCUCUGCCGUUGGUGCUGCAAUAUGCUUCAUGAUUUCGCACUUGUUCGGACGAGCAAUCGUUCUUCGCAAGUUUCCUGAUAGAAUCGCGAAAUGGCAGGAAGAUCUUUCGAAGCAUCGUGAUGAUUUUCUUAAUUAUAUCAUUUUCCUCCGUGUCACCCCAAUAGUACCAAAUUGGUUGAUUAAUAUUGCGAGUCCUGUUCUUGAUGUGCCUUUGUCUCCAUUUUUCUGGGGCACUUUUCUUGGCGUCGCCCCGCCCAGUUUUUUGUAUAUUCAAGCGGGUUCUACACUCGAGCAACUAACACACAAUAGUAAUGGAAUAAUGAUGCGAAUUGCUCAGAAACGAUUUUCCAACAUUGGCUGUUAUCACAGCAACCGUGCACCGGUACAGAUUUCCGCGUUUGCUGGACAUCAAAAUGAGCGACAGCUAAGCACACGAAGUCGUCGAACUACAUUGCUUCGACGUCCUGUCGUGCUUAAUUUGCAAAGCGAGAGAGAAUUUGUCGGUGUUGUAGCUGGAGCCGCACGAUAUUUACUGAAACUUCGAUAUUUUCUCGCAACUGGAAUAAUUGGUGGAAGUGUCGCUGCACGACAGUGGUAUGACGAAUGGAAAUCCAAUCUUCCGGAUUUUUCGCUUCCGGAAUGGGCGCAAUUUGAUAACAACCAAGGUUGGAUGGAAUUCACAAAAAAGCUGAAAGACAUGAAAGCUGGAUUCGAAGCGGAAAAAGAUGGAAAAUUUGCUGAAUGGAUGACAAAGUUUGAUGAGUUCAAAAAGCGGAAAAAUGAAAACAACUCUGAAAAUGAGGAGGGACCCCCGAUUAAAGAACCUUUGGUCCUGGCUUCUUUGAUGUCUGCAUUUUCUUCAAAAAAUGAAGACGACGAGAAACAAUCAAAGGAUGCGUCAGACACAACGGAGAGACUCCAAAAAUUACAAGAAGAGCUUCUAAAAACGCAAAGCCAAUAUCAAAAAGAAUUAGAACGAUUAGAAAAAGAGAACAAAGUUUUAAAACAACGGCUUCUUCUCUCAGACCAAGGAGCUGUGCGACGAAUGAAACGAUUAAAGCGGUCGCUAAUUGACAUGUACAGCGAAGUUCUCGAUUUGCUCAACGAGUACGAUUCGUCUUAUAAUACCGCAGAUAAUCUUCCAAGAGUUGUAGUUGUCGGAGACCAAAGCGCAGGAAAAACAUCGGUUCUCGAAAUGGUUGCUCAAGCCCGGAUCUUUCCACGCGGUUCUGGUGAGAUGAUGACGAGAGCUCCUGUUAAGGUCACUUUAUCUGAAGGGCCCUAUCAUAUUGCACAAUUCAAAGAUUCGUCGCGAGAGUUCGAUCUCACCAAAGAGAACGAGCUGCAACAGCUCAGAAACGAAAUUGAAAUUCGAAUGCGAAAUUCUGUGCGCGAUGGAAAAACUGUGUCAAACGAGGUGAUCUCAUUGACGGUGAAAGGUCCAAAUCUGCCGAGAAUGGUUCUUGUGGAUCUGCCGGGAGUCAUUUCAACUGUCACAGCUGACAUGGCCCGAGAAACCAAAGAUGACAUUAUUCGGAUAAGCAAAGCACACAUGGAAAAUCCAAAUGCGAUCAUUUUAUGUAUUCAGGACGGGUCGGUGGACGCUGAAAGAAGUAAUGUCACUGAUCUCGUUAGCAGCAUUGAUCCAACAGGUCGCCGAACAAUUCUAGUGCUUACAAAGGUUGAUUUAGCCGAAAAGAAUCUGGCUAAUCCUGACCGCAUUAAAAAGAUUCUCGAAGGAAAGUUGUUUCCGAUGAAGGCUCUUGGCUAUUUUGGAGUUGUGACUGGUCGCGGAAACAGUUCGGAAUCGAUUGAGGAGAUUCGAAAAUAUGAAGAAAGCUUCUUUGCAUCGAGUCAAUUAUUAAGGGAUGGAAUCUUAAAAGCUUCGCAAAUGACAACUCGAAAUAUGUCAUUAGCUGUUUCUGAAUGUUUCUGGAGAAUGGUUCGAGAUUCCAUUGAGAGCCAAGCAGACGCUUUUCGAGCGGCAAGAUUCAAUCUGGAAACUGAAUGGAAAAACAAUUUCCCAAGGCUUCGACAACUUCAUCGAGAUGAGCUUUUUGAUAAGGCUCGCGGAGAAAUUCUGGAUGAGAUUGUGAAUCUUUCUCUAGUCGGCGUGGAAGAAUGGGAGAGGUUGCUUCAAGAAAAAUUAUGGUCAAGAAUUUCGAAUCAUGUCUUUGAUCAAAUCCUUAUGCCGGCUUACUCUUCGCAAAACAGCGGAACAUUCAACACUGCUGUGGACAUUCGACUAAAGCAUUUUGCUGAUAAACAACUUGCCACGCAGAGUAUUGAGACUGGUUGGGAGACACUGCGAGAAGUGUUCAUUCGGCAAAUUCAACAAGACGCGAGCACGAGAAGGGAUCAUGACGCGAUUUUUGAUCCUCUAAAAGAAGCAGUCAUCGAAGAGUCGAUGAGUACACAUAAAUGGGACGAAAAGGCAAUGGAUUAUUUGCGGGUAAUUCAAUUAAACUCGAUGGAAGAUCGUGCAAUUCAAGACAAACGAUCAUGGGAUUCGGCAUGCAAUUUCUUGCACAAAGCCGCUUCUGAAAGGCUAGCCGCCGUCAAGCAGCAAUUAGCUGACGAUCGAGGACCAGGAUGGGCUUCAAAGUGGUUUUUGUGGAAAACGCCAACCGCCGACAAUCAUUAUGCGUGUGCAAUUCAGGAUGAACUUUAUGCGAUGCUAGCGGAUAAUCCGGAACAUCCACAAGCAUUGUCCGACGACGACAUGACCGUAAUUCGAAGGAAUAUCGAAUCGAAAGGAAUUAUUGAAGUUCCGACUGAGACGAUUAGAAAACAAUGGAAACUUGUCUAUAAGAAGCAUUUCCUUGAGAGAGUUGUUAAUAUAAGUAGAGAUUGUUUACCACUUUACCAAAUGUAUCGGCAAGGAAUGGUGGAAGGACAGGAUAUCGAUUGCCAGAUUAUUAUAUUAUUCUACAGAAUACAAAAAAUGGUGAAUCUCACGUGCAAUGCGCUUCGACAACAAAUCACCAACACCGAACAGCGACGCCUCGAAAAGGAAAUUAAGGAAGUACUCGAUGAUUGGUCGCAAGAAGCCGAUAAGAAGAAAAAAUACUUGACUGGUAGGCGAGUUGAGCUUGCUGAGGAAUUGAAGCAAGUACGAAGGAUUCAGGAAAAAUUGGAAGAAUUUAUGUCCCAAUUACAACGGGAAAAAGUUUGA